CGGUGCGCCUGAAGGGUUUAAAUAAACUUAGGCGCUGGCCCUCGUUUGCUCUUGACGCGUUCUGUACUACCUUGAAGACUUGUCGCUGCCAACUAAUACCUUUUGCACCGCCCAUUCGAAGCUACAUAUUGAAACCAUGGAGAAGCCAGGUGUACCCAUGCAAGCCUAUCCCCAGUCGCCUGAAGCCACAGGCCAGCCACAGCCGCCCGUCUACGCACAAGAUCCAAACGCGCACCAAUACUCGCAGCCACCCCCACAAGCCACAUACCCGUACCCAGAUGCCAGCGUCGCCGGUUCAGCUCCAGGCAUGCCACCCCAGCAAAUGCCCGGCACACAGUACCAGAACGCGACACCCAUUGCCAAUCUGCAGCGGGGUCCCGCGCCCGCAGACUGCCCUGCAUGCGGCCAGCGCUCCCUCACAAAUGUCUCAUUUGAGACGGGCAACACGACGCAUGCCUGGGCCUUUGGUCUCUGCUGCUUGUGCUGCUUGGGCUGCAUUCCCUACGUCAUGAGCUCGACAAAGGACGUCCAGCACAAGUGUGGCCGUUGCGGUGUCUUGCUCGCGACAUGGCAUCGCAGUGGCAGCACUGAGGUGCAUAUCCAUUCUUAGACGGUUGGGAUGAAUGAAGGAGAAGGGGGACGAGUAGGAGGGGAAAGAGGAUGAGAUACCCAUUGAUUGAUGCGUUUUCUGUUGUUAUGCUAGAAUUGAGGUGUACUGUUUGUCAGGCUGUCGAAUAUCCAUUUUUCUUAGCGGAACGUAAAGCAUGCAGAACUUUUUGUAAAAAUGCAUCGGGGCAUUUGAAACAAAAGAAGAGAUUGACUUGCAUGAAAGUAUGUCUCGUGACUACACGUUCAUUCACAGCUCGGUCGUAAUCUGGUACCCUGUGACGUCACGCCCUCUGCGUCUUGCAUCAUCACACCGCGGACACACAAACUCUCUCUCUCCAUCAAUCCCCAGC